AGUGAGGCUUCCCAAAAGGGCACAGUGAGUUACCUACAUGAUUUUUGCUGAUUUCUGUCUCUCUCCUUCGUCCCCUUUCAUUCGCCUGCCUGAGAUUAAUUGCCCUCUAAACCCAGCCUCCAGCUAUCUAGCAGGGAGCAGGGACUAUGUGGCUUUGGAUAAGGAAAGACAUGGAUGUAUUGCACAUUCUGCUGUUGCUGGUUGUGUCCUGGAGCCGAACCCGGGCUCUGAUCAACUUGAAAUACACAGUGGAUGAGGAGCAGAGAGCAGGCACCCAGAUUGCCAAUGUGGCCAGGGAUGCCAAGGAUGCUGGUUUUGUGCUAGACCCCAGGCAGCCUGCAUUCAGAGUGGUUUCCAAUUCUGCGCCUCACCUGGUGGACAUCAAUGCAUCAGGGCUGCUGGUCACCAAGCAGAAGAUUGACAGGGACAUGUUGUGCAGGCAGAUGCCCAAAUGUGUCAUCUCACUGGAGGUCAUGUCCAACUCUAUGGAGAUUUGUGUUAUUAAAAUAGAGAUUAAAGACCUCAACGACAACGCUCCCAGUUUCCCCACCGACCAGAUCGACCUGGAAAUCUCGGAGACGGCCAGCCCUGGCACCAGGAUUCCCCUGGAGAGUGCCUACGAUCCAGAUUCUGGGAACUUUGGGGUCCAGUCCUAUGAGAUCACACCCAAUGACCUGUUUGGCUUGGAGAUCAAGACAAGAGGAGAUGGCUCACGGUUUGCUGAGCUGGUGGUGGAGAAAAACCUGGACAGAGAGACCCAGUCUCAUUACAAUUACAUCAUCACGGCCCUAGAUGGUGGGGAGCCCUCCAAUUUCGGGACUGUGGAGUUAAACAUCAAAGUGAUAGAUUCAAAUGACAACAAUCCAGUUUUUGAGGAGCCUGCCUAUACUGUAAAUGUCCCUGAGAACUCCCCUCUAAAUGCCUUGGUCAUCGACCUCAAUGCUACUGAUCCAGAUGAAGGUACCAAUGGCGAGAUUGUGUAUUCGUUUAACAGCUAUGUGUCUGACAAAACUAGGGAGCUCUUUAAGAUAGAUCCCAAAACUGGAGUCAUUACAGUCAGUGGGGCUAUAGACUAUGAAGAAGGGCAUGUCUACGAAAUUGAUGUCCAAGCCAAGGAUUUGGGACCCAACUCCAUCCCUGCCCAUUGCAAAGUGACUGUGAAUGUACUGGAUGUCAAUGACAAUGUACCUGUUAUUAACCUGCUUUCUGUCAACAGUGAGGUGGUUGAAGUAAGUGAGAACGCUCCAAAUGGCUAUGUCAUAGCUUUAGUGAGGGUCUCAGAUAGGGACUCUGGUAUCAAUGGCAGGGUGGUCUGCAAACUCCUAGGCAAUGUCCCCUUCAGGCUUCAGGAAUAUGAAAGCUUCUCCACCAUUUUGGUAGAUGGGAGGUUGGACAGGGAACAGAGGGACCAGUACAAUUUGACCAUCCAGGCCAAAGACAGUGGCAACCCAUCACUCCAGUCCACCAAGUCCUUCACGGUCAGAAUCACAGAUGAGAAUGACAACCAUCCCCAUUUCUCCAAAACCUUCUACCAGACCAUUGUCUCUGAAAAUAAUACUCCAGGGGCGUACUUACUUUCUGUUUCAGCCAGGGACCCUGAUUUGGGAUUAAAUGGCAGUGUGUCCUAUCAACUGGUGCCAUCUCAAGUGAGGGACAUGCCGGUUUUCACCUAUGUUUCUAUCAACCCAACCACAGGAGAUAUCUAUGCUCUCAGAUCCUUCAACCACGAGCAGACCAAGGCUUUUGAAUUUAAGAUUUCGGCCAAGGAUGGUGGUACUCCACCACUGCAGAGUAACGUCACGGUUAGGGUGAUUGUGGUGGAUGUCAAUGACAAUACACCUGUGAUUACCGCUCCACCCUUAGUCAAUGGUACCUCAGAGGUCUACAUCCCCAGAAACGCAGGGGUAGGCUACCUUGUGACUGUGGUUAAGGCUGACGACUAUGACGAAGGGGAGAACGGCAGGUUGUCCUAUGAGAUUACAGAAGGGGACAGGGGCUUCUUCGAGAUCGACCAGAUCAAUGGGGAGAUUAGGACCACCAGGACUUUUGGGGAAAACUCCAAGACAACUUAUGAACUGAUUGUGGCAGCACAGGAUCAUGGGAAGCCUUCUCUCUCAGCCUCCGCUUUGAUUCUGAUCUACCUGUCCCCAGCCCUGGAUGCUCAGGAAUCUAUCGGAUCUGUUAACCUGUCUCUGAUUUUUAUCAUUGCCUUGGGAUCUAUUGCUGCCAUCCUUUUUGUGACCAUGAUCUUUGUGGCCGUCAAAUGCAAGAGGGACAACAAGGAAAUUAGAACCUACAACUGCAGAAUUGCACCAACAAGGAUAGCCGAAUACUCUUACGGACACCAAAAGAAGUCCAACAAGAAGAAGAAGAUCUGCAAGAACGACAUCCGCCUGGUGCCUCGCGACGUUGAGGAGACAGACAAGAUGAACGUGGUGAGCUGCUCCUCCCUUACCUCGUCGCUAAAUUAUUUUGACUACCACCAGCAGACGCUUCCUUUGGGAUGCCGCCGCACGGACAGCACUUUCCUUAAUGUGGAAAACCAGAACACCAGGAAUGCAGGGUCCAAUCACGUCUACCAUCACACCUUCACCAACCAGAGCCCACCACAACCCGACCUCAUCAUCAAUGGAAUGCCCCUUCCGGAGACAGAGAAUUACACAUUCGAUACAAACUAUGUGAACAGCCGGGCACAUCUGAUUAAAAGCAGUUCCACCUUCAAGGACUUAGAGGGAAACAGUCUCAAGGACAGCGGGCACGAGGAGAGUGACCAGACCGACAGCGAACAUGACGUCCAGCGGGGCUUGUACUGUGACACCGCUGUCAACGACGUGCUCAACACCAGCGCCAACUCAGUGGGGAUGCAGCAGACUGAGCAAGGUAAGGAAGCCAAUGUAGCGUCCCAGGUUGCUAAGAGCCAGCGGGAAGAUAUGCAAGGGCCACGCACAUCUCCGCAACCAGCUCUUAGCAACCUGGGAAGCUCUGGCCAGCAUCUGGCCCAGCUCCUCGCAGCCAGUGAUGUCAUUGGUUGCCAAGAGGACGGCAGGACACUGAGCUGGGCAGGCCUUGCAGACCAAGGCAGCGGCCAGCGGACCUUUCCAUGCUUACAUCACACCUACAGAAGGCUGCAAAGCUUUCCCAUUCUUCCCCUUCUGUUUGACAGCCGUGUCAGAGCGCUCGGCUUCUUUAUCACGGCGGCAGAUCAGACGUUGAAGAGCCCCCCGCCGGCCAAGCCGUCGGCGACGUACAGUAUCAUGCACUGCGCCGGGGGCCGCGAGAUGGAGACGUUCGUCAGCAACGGCCCGUCCCGGCCCUUGGACGCGGAGCCCAGGGGGGCGGACAGUGAAAACGUCAUGCAUGAAAUCAACCCGUUGUUGCAAGAAUGUCGAGAAAAGGACUCGCCUGUGAUGAGACAGUUAAAGGAGAAGAAGCGUGAGCAUCAGAGCCCAGGGGUAGUGGUGGAGAUCUUUUUCGCAGCGAAGUCUACAGAGUACUUCUUCCUGUGCACAGUCUACCACAUCAUAACCUCAGAUGUACCUCCCCUUCUGUUCUAUCUGGAAGAACAUCGCUAG